AUGGCAACCAGCACCACCACAGUAACACCGCAACCUAGUUUUCACGGCAAUUAUGAAAAAGAUGAAGAACCCACGAACUGGCUUAGAAGAUACCAACUGUCCUUACCCCCGUCAUACUCAGACUCAGACAAGAUCGAGCGCUUCGAACUUCAAUGCGCAGCAGCAAGUCCAGCCGAAGAAUGCAACAUUCAAAACACGCUGGCAUCCGCCAGUACACGCGAAACUCACAGUUGCGCAAAAGAAGAGAGGGGCAGAGACUGGGGUCAUGUAAAAUGGGCAAAGCAAGUCACAAAGAUGGUGUUAGGAUUCGGUGACGUGCACUGCCAUUUUCUAGACGUCGUGCUGGAGAACACCCCAGAGGUCUUGCGAGAUUUUCUGGCUGAUCACUACAACACGUGGGCGGAAUUCGAGUCAGACGUCGCCAAAACGUCUGCUUCCCAACUCAUAUGGGCCAAGCAACGGAUAGCAAACGAGAGAAAACUCAGAGAAGAUGUCGAUAGACUACAGACGCAGUCAACAACGGGCCGCAAGCAGCCAGGACCAGCGCCUCAAAUCGCACAACCCUCAUUCUCUCUGCCAGCAGCAUAUCGUUAUGGACCUCGUUAUGCACCUAACAUCGUAAAUCAACCCCAACCAGCAGUGCAGUAUCAUACUACAGCCCCCACAUCACAGAACCUCCAACCCACGCAGUUACCACCACCAAUGACACCUACCCAAAUGCCCCAAAACCCAUUUACCUUAGCAGCACCAGUGCCUAGAACGAAUCUGUUCUACAGAUAUCGGGGAGGAUUUCCACAAACACCCCGAGGUCGGGGAGGGUCACCUGCCGAUCAUUUACGAACUGCGGCGCAAUUCGCAACCCUGCCACAACACCCAGAUUCAGAGACAGGACGUCAGGCAUACACCCAGCAAGUACAAGAAUGGCACUCACAACACGGACAAGAGGCAACACCCAGCACGGCUAGACCAUACCCACUAAAGCCAGGAACAUCACCGCUGGGUUCAAGAGAGUGUUUCAACUGUGGUGUACGAAUGCCAGAAUCCCGCAGUACCCCAGUAGGAAGGACACUGGCGGGAAAUGGUGUCUCGAUUGGUGACAUGUUCACUUGCACCCCAAACACCUCAAACCCCGUCCGAUAUCCAGUUCAUAGCACCCAACCCAAGCCAGAUCCACCAGCCACCCCAACAGUUCUAUCCAUUGUACUACGCACCAGGGCCAUGGCCGACCUACGACCAAUACGACACAUCGGGAAAUGCGUACGGACCACAACAGUAGGGGACUACCCUGUGGUCCACACCGAAAGCCAAGAAGCAGAAGUCCUGCCUGAAGCCGAAGAAGAGCAGAUGUCUUGCAAAGUCCCCAUGUCACCCAACUCCUCAGAUCAUUUCUCCAGCUUACCGUCCAUGGUGCCGUCGUCACCUGGAUUCUCAAGCCUGGGUUCUUCCCUCAUCAUUACGCCAGUCGCAUCUCCAACAACCAGGCCAACGACGGAACAUGACAAUCUCGCGUCAGAAGAUGAAGACUUCAUUGUUCCUAUGUUAGAUAUCACGUUGGACAGCAGUACUCCGCCCUUACUUGAUUCAAAUUCCGUUACUUCCCCUUUGAACAUUUCUUUUAAUACUUCUUCUGAUGACCUAUUUGACUCUAUAUCGCACUCUGAUACUUCGACGCUCCCCUUCACUAUGCUUGAUGACACAGACACGGGGUCAGCUUUAGAUUUCGCUACGGAUUUUAACAAUACGCUGAGUGACAUGUCUAUUUCCGAGUCAAUAAACACCACUGACUCCUACCUGGAUACGUUCAAGAUAAACGUGGUCGACCUGUACACAAUCUCCGCCCCAAAGCCAAAAGACGCAAACCCAACAGUACAUAAUGCAGCUUCAACAGCGCAGCCAACAGCACAUAAUGACACUAAUUCUUCAACAGCAGAUUCAUUUCUAAUUGUCACUAUACCAUCCGACCAUGACCCUAACCAUAAUUCACAGGAAAGUCACACACGACCGAUCGCAGCAACAGAGCAAUAUGUGUUCAAAAUCAGCCCACGUACACCAGAAGAUCAACUGGAGAACCACUCAGAACGCCUUGCGAAGGCUGGAGCACACGUACGACAACCACAGGAAAAGAAGAAGACCCAAGCUCACCAGUAUGGCCCGUCCAAGAUCAACCCGAACAUGUCGAAGACACCAUCGUGGGAGAGGUACACGAGUUCCCUCACACCGAAAACGCACCCAACGUCUAUUCAAGACACGUCGACCCGUUUAAUCCCACAUGCGUAA